AUGUCCUCGUAUCACAAGAUGCCGGAUAUCAUCCCUACUUCAAACAUGCACUUCUCGGUGAAGCUUUUCAUAUCUUACGCUUUCGACUGGGCGGUCCUUAUCAUCGUCUUAGUGGUCUCGGUGGUCGUAGGCAACCUCACGCCCAAUAAGCGAGACUUCUCCUUGGUGAACCCCUACAUCUCGCACGUCGCUCAUCACUUUCUACUACAAAUCGGCUUCGCUAACUUUCAUGGGCAAUCAGGCACGGUACCAAACAACACACCUUCGAGUUUAAUAUGGAGGCGAAAGAUAUGGGAGCUUCAUGUAGGCCUGUUGGGGCUUGCAUUGUCUUUCGUUUCUGUGUUCUUCUUCGUGCAAUGUAUGAAGAACCUGUUAGGCAAACCCCGACCCAAUAUGCUGUCGAGAUGUGAGCCGGAUGUCGCCAACGCUAUGAAGUACCUUGCGGCAGGGUAUGCCAAUAGUCUAGCGGAUGGACGAAUAUACUCAGCCGACAUUUGCCAACAGAGAGACUCGGCGAAGCUCAACGAAGGAUUCCGAGCAUUUCCUAGUGGGCACUCUUCGAUAAGUGCUGCAGGACUUGUUUACUUGACUCUGUUCCUUGCGAGCAAGUUGGCUGUCAAUAUCCCGUUCAUCCCGCCGAGCAUGAAAUGGAGACACGAGGCAUUUCCAUCGCGAUCCGGGGACUAUGAGCAGUCAGCAUCUUCUUCCGCGACGCAUAACGGACGGAACCUGGAGAUCCAGUCACAGCGCCGCCAGGCUGCCGGCGCCCCUUUGUAUCUCUUGGUCCUUAUUAUCGUACCUUUUGCUCUAGCCGUCUACAUCAAUUGCUCGAGAUGGUUCGACUACCAACACGACGGCUUCGACAUCAUUUUCGCUUUUCUAAUGGGCACUGUUGCAGCGUAUUACAGCUUCAGAUUCUAUCAUCUGCCCAUUGCAGGAGGAGCUGGCUGGGCUUGGAGGCCGAGAACUCACGAUAGGGCAUUCUGGGCUGGUGUUGGUAAGCUUGGCUAUGUAGGGGAUACUGGUGAGAAUCAUCAUGCUGCCGCAGCUGUGGCAGAUAGGACUCAUAGCCAUUGGAGUUCACGAGAUCAGUCAAAUUCACGCGAACACCAAGGAGAUGAUAUCGAGCUGCAGGGGGGUGCACUGGGCAGGGUCACAGGCUCUUUUAGAUAUUUCACGGGGAAAUUCGCCAUUUCUUAG